GGAAGCACUUGGACUGGUUUCAUGGCUCCAGGAUGGAGGGGUACCUGUCCACGUUUCCUCCGUACAACGUCUGCGAUAACCCGGUCUGCGCUCCCCCAGCUCCGGGCAGCGGCUGGGGAAAGCGAGAGGGCCGCUUCAUGACCCCCCAGGGCCUCAACUACCUGGAGCUCUGCAAGGCCAUCCUGGCCCAAGUCAGCCCCAGUGUGUCCCCUCCGCUCAGGAAAGCGAACACCAGAGAGUGCGGCGUGCAGGUGAACGCCAAAGUGGAUAAAAUCGUCCAGUGCUCGCUGGGUCCCAAGACGCUGUUCGGCCUGGAAAGCGACCAUCCCGCGUCCUCGAAAUCCCCCAGGAGCCCGGAUCUGUUCGGACCGAGCGGGAGGGCGCCGUACAACACGCCGCCGGGGAGCAACCUGCGCUUCCUGAGGCCCGUCUCCAUCUACUCGGCGGUGUUUGACCGCAGGAUCUUCCCGGAGAAACUCCACGACGACGGGGGAAGUGAUGGCGAGGUCGAAGCCGCGGAACAAGGGGAGUCUGACAGGGAUGCCGAGGCGGAUCACAGCGGGGAGGACACAGUGAAGGACUUUAAGACAACUUUCCGCCAGUCUUCAAAGGGGUCCAACUUUCAGUUCUUGGAGCAGAGGUAUGGCUUUUUCCACUGCAAAAAGUGCAACAUCCGGUGGGAGAGUGCUUACGUAUGGUGCAUCUCUGGAACCAGUAAGGUGUACUACAAGCAGCUCUGCCGGAAGUGCCAGGUAGGGUUUAACCCUUACAGAGUGGAGCCAAUCCUCUGCAAGGGUUGCUCUCAGACUUGCUGCACCUGUGAGAAGAAGCAGAGGCACAUUAACAUGAAGAGGCCUCACCGUCAGGACCUGUGUUGUCGCUGCAAGGGCAUGAGGCUGUCCUGCGACGCCACCUACAGCUUCAAAUACAUUGUCUGAGCUCGCCCAGGGUGUUCGCGCCGGCCUAGAGCCGCCUAUUCCUCAUGUAGAUCUGAUGGCAGUUGUUACCGAGGGUGAGGCCGUGUCACUCAUGUCGGCAGACAUGUAGUAGCUGUACAUGUCACGAUGGAAACUGCCUCCAGUAACGGACUUGAAGAGAUUCAUUUGUUCUUCAACCAGUGAGUAGCUGAAUCUCUGGUUGUUUGAGAAAACAUCUCAAGAGGGCUGUCUUUGUUUCCCUCCACCAAUCCUGGUGCUUAACUAAACAUGAAAACUUAUUUUUGCAAGAAUAAAGUUUAUAAAAAAAAAACAUAUUGCACCUAAAACAUUAAAUUCUUGUAGAUUAUUGAA